AUGAAGUUCACUGCUGCCAUUGGCGUUGCUGCCCUAUUUAUGGCCCCAUCUGCUGCGGCUUGGAAGCUGCCUCACGCCAACAAGGCUGACGCUGCCGCUCCUACCGGCUCUCCUUCCAGUAGCUUCCCUGGCGGUUUCCCAUCUGGAACCCCAACUGGGACCCCGUCUGGAUUCCCAUCCGGAACCCCCUCUGUCACUCCAUCCGGAACCCCAUCUGGCACUCCUACUGGAUUCCCAACUGGAUGGCCUACCCCGACUGGAUUCUCUUUUGGCCGUCGAGCACCUGGUCACGGACCUGGUAUUAAGGGACCUGGUCACGGCGGACUCGGCCAUGGAGGGUUCGGCCAUGGAGGUCACGGUCAUGGAUCUGAGUCCUCCAGCUCCCCCACCAGCUCUCCUACCAGCUCUCCUACCAGCUCUCCUAUCGGUUCUUCUACUGCCGUGCCUCCUGGAUUCCCUGAGUCUACCGGUGUUCCCCCUGGGUUCCCCGGCGGCUUCUCCGGUAGCCAGGCCACUAGCGGUUCCUUCACCGUUUUGCCUGUUGCGACCGCGACUGCUGCUACAGUUGGUGAGCAGGGAGACUUCACUCGUCGUCACGCGCGCCAGAUGUUGUUCUAG